UGUUUCUUCACAGUAAACUAAAUUUGGCUAUGAAGAUUAAUUUAUUUUUAAGAAGUUGAGUGAUAAAUGAUAAAGUACCACAUUUAACUAAAUCAGUUACAGUAUGUAAUAAUGAAGAAUGAAGAAGACCUUGUUGUAUUUAUGUUUUUUUUUUUUAGAUCAUGAUGGAACACAUACUGAUAUCCCUCCUUGUAUGGUUUCUGGUACCAGCGGUGAUGGGUAUAUAUCCCAGAUUUUUCCCUUGUGACGAUGACCUCAUUUCUGUGGACUGCAUGGGAAGAGACUUGACCAGCGUUCCUCACAUCAGAUCUACAGAGGUGCAGUCACUGAACUUGAAUCACAACGAAAUAUGGCACGUUGGGAGUAAAGCCUUCUCUGGUGUCCCCAAUCUGAGAAACCUCACUAUGAUGUGGAAUUGUGCCCCUGGCAGAUACAAGAACCUAGGAAUUCCCCUCUGUAGUUUGAAGAUCGACUCCCGUGCCUUUGUGGCACUUAAAAAUCUGCAAACCCUCAUCUUGACAGGAAACAGUCUCACCACCAUACCUGCUCUACCCGAGUGCCUGCAGAUCCUGGACCUGGAGUUGAACAACUUGUUCAGCCUGAAGGACCCAUUGGGCACCCCAUCCUUGAAGCAACUCCUGCUCACGAAGAACUGUUAUUAUGCCAACCCUUGCAACCAGACUUUUGUGAUCAAUCAACAGGUCCUCAAGGAACUCCCAAAACUUGAGGUCCUCUUACUGGGUUUCAAUAAUAUAUCCAAAAUACCAGUAGGCCUACCCCAAUCCUUGACGCAUCUUGACCUGAGAGAGAAUAAAAUAAAAGAGAUUCCUGCUAAGGCAUUUGCCAAUCUAACCAAAUUAUCUACUCUGAACCUGGCAUGGAAUUGCCAGCGCUGUGAUCAUGCAGCGGAACCCUGCUUUCCUUGUCCCAAUACCAAACCCCUAAUGCUACAUGAACACACCUUUCUCCACCAGAGGCAUUCACUAAGGAAUCUCAGCUUGCGAGGAAACUCCCUCCGUACAUUUCCACCUAGACUCUUUGCCUCUCUAGGUCAACUUAAAUACCUUGAUCUCUCUGACAAUCUGCUAGCCUACACCAUACGUAAUGGAACUUUUUACCAGUACCUAAGGAGUGUUAGAAAUCUGAAUCUGAUGUAUAACUAUGAACCACUAAAAUCCUUCGAGCACCUUGUUCUCUCACCUUUCCUCAUGAAUAUGUCACAUCUGGAGUCACUGUCUUUGAAUGGCUAUUUUUUUCAUUCAUUUUCACCAAAAAGCAUGGAGAUCCUUGCCAAUCUCUCAAAUCUGAAAUACCUUGACUUGCGGUCUAACUUCAUCAGUUCCUGCAACAUGAGUGCCUUUAAACAUAUUAAGGCACUGAAAAAAGUGGUACUUUCACAAAACCAACUAGAUUUUAUCCCACUCUGUAAACGGAACCAUGAGGAGUGGCAGUCAGAACCUCAGGUCCAUAGGGUAAACUUGGUCAGUAGAGAGGACCACCAGUGUCAAGACGAUUCGGAAAUUGAGCCCCUCUUAAAAACCGCACCAGGACCCUAUGACCGAAUGUGGCCUAACUUUACAAUGCAGAAUUUCUACAAGAUGUUGUGCUCAAAACAACUGUCUUUUGACUUGUCGUUCAAUAACGUCCUGACAAUAAAUUCCAGUGUUUUUAUAGGCAUGGAAAAAGUAGUUUGCUUAGAUAUGUCCUUCAACUACAUGAGCAUAAAACCAAAUGGACGACAGUUCUCUCGUCUGAAAAAUCUUGUGUACCUUAACUUGGCAAACAAUCGCAUAGACCUGUACUUUAUAGAAGCCUUCCAAGAAUUGCAGGGCACCCUAAGGGCUCUCGACCUCAGCAGUAAUGCAUUCUCCUUUCUCAUGAUGGGUAUUGGCCACAAUUUCAGUUUUCUACAAGGACUAACCUCUCUUGAAUCUCUCAGCCUAGACAAUAAUCAGAUUGGCUUCCGUGUCUCAAGCCUGUUGAGUACUUCCCUGAAGUACCUCUAUUUUGCUGGGAACAGACUGCACAUUAUGUGGGGGUCCAGUGAUCAAUACAUUAACUUUUUUCAGGGCCUCACCAACCUUAUACACUUGGACAUUUCCAGAAAUCAGUUGAAGUCAGUUUUGCCAGAGGCACUUAUUUACCUCCCUCAAAGCCUACGCGUCCUCAGGCUUGAUAGCAACCAGCUAAACUUUUUCCCCUGGGAUAACAUCACUGCACUCCCAGAGCUGCGCUAUUUGAACCUCAGUGAAAACUAUCUUAAUAAGUUGCCAGACAGAGUUGUGAGGUUUGGGCUUAAUUUCAGUGGCCUGGACCUGAGUCACAACCAGAUCACUGCACUUCCCAAAACAUUCUUCAGCCAGAUGACAGCCCUGCUCCGACUUCUGCUAAACAACAACAAGCUGAAACUCCUAGAUGCAUCGGGUCUACCUGCACCACUACAUAAUGGUAGUGCAUUAAGAGAACUCACACUGCAUGCAAACCCCUUCACCUGCAGCUGUGCCACAUCUUGGUUUGUGGAAUACUUACGAACAACAAACAUCACAAUCCCCUAUCUGACCACAAAGGUCCGCUGUGGGUUCCCUGAGUCCUUGCAAGGAGUGAACAUCCUGACCAUAGAUCCUCGCUCCUGUCAGGAGAUCUUCGGUGGUGUCGCCUUCCUGUGCACGUCUUUAUUGACCAUAAUACUGAUUGUGUUUACACUUCUAAAACAAUUGUACGGAUGGGACCUUUGGUAUUGCUUUCAAGUACUCUGGGCCGGACACAAGGGGUACUCCCAAUUCCGGGGAAGCUCUGCAACGGUGCACUAUGAGUAUGAUGCAUUUGUGGUUUUUGACACAAGAAACCUGGCUGUCCGAGACUGGAUCUACAAUGAACUGGUGGACAGCCUUGAAAACAAAGGCAAAUGGAGAUUCAAGCUGUGCCUAGAGGAGCGGGAUUGGGUUCCAGGUGUGUCGUGUAUUGAGAACUUGCACAAUGCUGUUCAUAACAGCCGCAAGACUGUAUUUGUGCUGACAAACCCAGGAGCUCGGUACCAAGUGAGUGGGGUUAUCCGACAGACCUUUCUCUUGGUCCAACAGCGGCUUCUGGAUGAGAAGGUGGAUGUGGCAGUGCUGGUUUUACUUGACCUUGUUUUCCACAAGUUCAGGUACCUGCAGAUAAGGAAGCGAUUGUGCAGGAAAUCUGUUGUUUCCUGGCCCACAAAUCCACUGGCACAGCCAGUGUUCUGGAACCAGCUUCGUGUUGCCCUCGCAUCGGACAACGUCCGCUAUUAUGAUAAGAAUGUCACAGGGAGAUUCCUGUCGGAUGAUAUUCUCUGAGGCCAAGUAUGGUGCAUGCAGUGUCAUUAUUUUCAAACUGAUUUUAAGGCUAAAAACGUGCAAGAUUUUAACAAUUAUUUUGAAUUUAACGAUGUUUGGGAUAAUAUUUCAGAUUGAUUAUAUUCUAAUGAUGACAAACCAUGACCUAUAUUUGUUUUACUAAAUUAUUGGAAUGUUUCUGAGACAAGAUAUUAAGAUAUUAGAUGAGUAGUGUAGUUUUGGCAUACUUGGAUUUAACAGACUAUAUUUAGUUAUUCAAGAAAAGAAGAAAAGUCAAAUGGAUGAGCUCCCUAUCCUCGUGGGCUUCUUUUAAACCUGUAAAAAACUGUGUCAAAGAGAGAAAGAACAGAAAAUGCUCCCUCCAGAACAUAUUGUACAUUUCAUUGCACAGACUUGAAUAUUAAUGUCACGUCACGUUCAUGUGGAAGGGGGAUCCCUAUUUGUGAGAAAUACAUAACAAGGCUGUAAAUUGUGACAGGUGGCGGAAAAAACAGAAGGGGAAGUUGUAAAACGAUGAUCAUCUGAUUUUUAUAUAUCUUUUUUCUUUUUCAAAGUUUUGUAUUACAAACUCAUUUUCUGCAUCUUAUUAGUAGGUAGUAACAGUAUAUUUAGAGUGAUUACUUGUUAUCUUUCUUUACAUACAUGUACCGGUACAUACAUAAAAAUGUGACAAACAUUGAUAAAGGAAUUAUGCAGUGAUAAAACCCAA